AUGCUCGUCCUCGUCACCGGAGCCGCGGGCUUCAUUGGCAGUCACACCGUCCUCGAGCUGAUUGAGGCCGGCUAUGAAGUCUACUGCAUCGACAACUUCAGUAACUCAAUCUCAGACGAAUCAGGAAAUGCCCUGUCACUAAAACGCGUCGAAGAGCUGACCGGGAAGAAGAUUGCCUUUGAGAAGGCCGAUGACUGGAAUAUUGUAAUCCUGCGCUACUUCAACCCCGUCGGCGCGCAUCCUUCCGGAAAAAUCGGCGAAGACCCGCAGGGAAUCCCAAACAAUUUGAUGCCAUUUGUUUCGCAGGUGGCCAUUGGGCGGCUGCCGGCGGUCUCGAUUUUCGGGACAAAGUGGGCAACUCCUGAUGGUACGGGCGUUAGAGACUACAUUCACAUUGUCGACUUGGCGAAGGGCCACGUGAAGGCUCUAGAUCGGAUCAAGAAAGAAGGGCAUGUAGGCACCGAAAUCUUCAACCUCGGGACUGGCCGCGGUUACUCCGUCCUCGAGAUGGUUGCUGCCCUAGAAAAGGCCAGCGGUCUACUGCGACCCGGCGCUCGCCGAGCAAAAGCUGGGCUGGAAGGCGCAAAGCUGGGACGGCAUAACACGAUUGAUUUGGGCUUUUCCUCCAUAGCAAUUGACGAUAAGCGGCUAGCACUAAUUGAUUGUCCAGGCCACUCUUCUCUAAUCAGAUCCGUGCUGGCGGCUAGUACGGUAUUUGAUAUGGCAAUUGUCGUUGUUGACGCCUCGCAUGGAAUCGAGCAACAAACCGCCGAACACCUUCUGCUCGCGUCGCUGAAUUCGGAAAUCGAAAUUCCGAUGCUGCGAGAAAAGUGCAAAGUCAAAGGAAUUCAAUCAUGGAAAGAAGAUGUUGAGAAGGUGAACGUGGAGCCGUCU